AUGGAAUAUAGUGACGGCAGACCACAGUGCACACUGUGUUUGAAGAUUUUAUCCGUUGAAGCACUGAAACCAUAUAAACUCAACCGACAUCUCACAACAAUUCAUCCGGAGCAUGCAAAUAAAAGUAAGGAUUUUUUUCAGAGAAAGAAAGAAGAAUACGUCAAGCAAAAGGUACGACUGACUAACAUCACGACAAUACCUGAGAAAGCACAGCAUGCAUCGUAUCUUGCAGCCCUGCGAAUAGCCAAAUGUAAAAAGCCUCACACAGUCGGAGAGGAAUUAAUACUUCCAUCAGCAGUGGAUAUGUGCCGAGUGAUGAUCGGGGAGGAGGCCGCGAAUAAGAUUAAAUCCAUACCGCUGUCCAACAAUACAGUAAGCAGGCGGAUCAAAGACAUUUCUUUUGAUGUAAAAUCUCAACUGACCAAAAGAUUACGAUCGUUAAAAUUAUGGAAGAUUUUUAUUUUCAAAAGAACUCGAGGGAGAGCUACAGGUGAGGAAAUUUUCAAAAUGUUGGACACUUUUAUGGUAGAAGAAAAUCUGAGCUGGGAAAAAUGCGUGUCUGUUUGCACUGAUGGUGCGGCAGCAAUGACUGGGCGCAAGAGUGGAGUUGUCACCCGAAUUCAAGCCAUAAAUCCAAAGAUCACAGCCACUCACUGUAUGCUUCAUCGUCAAGCACUUGCAUCGAAGUUAAUGGCACCCGACCUGCAUGAUGUGUUGGAAGUAGUAGUAGCGGCUGUCAACUUCGUGAAGUCAAGACCGUUAAAGUCACGUCUCUUCGCAAAACUAUGCACAGAGAUGGGAGCAGCUCAUGAUCGGCUACUGUUCCAUUCAGAGGUGCGGUGGCUCUCGCGUGGAAAAGUUUUACAGCGAGUGUUUGAACUCAGACAAUUUUUGGAUACAAACUGCAUGGCAGUGGACUUCAUGCUCAACACCAUUACCAGUCACCUCACCUCACUGAAUGAACAUUUCAGUCGCUACUUCACAGACAUUGACAUGGAGAAAUAUGACUGGGUUCGAGAUCCCUUUUCUUGUGAUGUGAUGGCCAGUGGCCUCAGUGGAAAGGCUGAAGAUGAACUUUGGAACUGUCCAGUGAUCGUACUCUCAGGAUGA